GGGUUUUUUUUUUUUUUUUUUUUUUUUCCUCAGUAUAAGACUUUGUGUAAUCAAACAUCAACUGGAAAAAUGUGGGCCAGAGCAUGUUUUAGAAUUCGUUUACCGAGUGGUCGUCGAUAUGCUUCACGUUUUGCUGAAACAUCUCUUGUCACACCUCAGCUUGAAUCCAAGCUCAAGACUUUAGCCGAGCGACAUGAAUCCCUCAUCGCCAAGCUUAAUCACACUGAAUCCAUGGAAACUGCAGCUAUAGCUUCUGUUUCUAAAGAGGCCGCCGAACUCAGUCAACUGACUACGUUGUAUGGAGAAUGGAAUCGUGCUAAUACGGACCUGGACGAGCUAUUUAAUCUUUUAUCCAGUUCCUCAAACGAUGAGGACAUGCUGGAAAUGGCCCGGGAAGAACAUCAAGGUUUAACUGAAACAUUGCAACGAAUUGAAAUGGAUAUUGUGACCGAACUGGUACCAAAGGAUUCGGCCGACGAAGGUAGUGCCAUUUUAGAAAUUCGAGCCGGUGCAGGCGGAGAUGAAGCCGCUCUAUUCGCGGCCGAAAUGACAAAAAUGUAUGAACGUUUUGCUCAAGAAAGGCGGUGGAAAUGGGAACUAUUGUCUUGCUCAGAGCUGGAAGGCGGUGCCAAAGGCUACAAGGAUGUAACGGUCAACAUUGCUGGUAAAAGUGUGUUUGGACAGUUGAAAUAUGAAUCUGGCGUUCAUAGAGUACAACGAGUACCAGCAACAGAAUCUCAGGGUCGCAUCCACACAUCGACCAUCACUGUCGCCAUUUUACCACAGCCUACUGAGGUUGACGUACAAAUUAAGGAUUCAGAUCUGCGUAUAGAUGUCUAUCGGUCUUCAGGAGCUGGCGGUCAGCAUGUUAAUACUACUGACAGUGCUGUUCGUAUCACCCAUAUACCAACUGGAAUGACCGUUGCCAUGCAGGAUGAAAGAUCCCAACAUAAAAACAAGCUCAAAGCUAUGAAGGUUUUGCGUGCCAAGAUUUAUGAACAGGAGAGAUUAAAGACAGAUAUGGCCCGACGAGAUUCUCGAAAUAAGCAGAUUGGAAGUGGAGACCGUUCAGAGAAGAUCCGAACUUACAAUUAUCCACAAAACCGAGUGACUGACCACCGAAUCAACCUCACCUUGUAUGAGCUUGAACUGAUCAUGACUGGCCAAAACUUGCCCAACAUCAUUGACAGAUUAAAGAUACAUUACGAUACUGAGGCUCUUUUGGCCAUCAACGUCGAAUAGACCUUACCGCUCUCAUAGAUUUCUUCCUCUUAUCAUUCCCCUGUACCAUAAAAAAGUCACAAUAGAUUUGCAUUUAAUUUUAUACGUAAAACUUUGAAGGCAAAUUCACGCAGCAAGCCAAAGGUCUCUAGCUCAACAUUACAGAAAUGAUAUACAAAAGUCAAUUAGAAUCCCUGUCGCUCGAGGUGUUGUUGUUCAUUGCAAGGCAAUUGGACUAUUUGUCUCUGGUGCGCUUGGCCGCCACCUCCAAACGUCUUUCUUGUCUUACUGAGGACGACAUGCUUUUCAAGGAAUUGCUGUUUCUGGAUUAUGGCGUCUCAUACAAAGCUCCAGACGAAACUUGGCGAAAACAAUACGAAAACAAGUGGUCAGAUACUUCAGGCAGACGUAUCUGUCCACACCUUUCCAAUGUCACCGACGAUAUCCUGUUAGAAAAAGCCGAGACGUUUAAAGCGGCGCAAGAGAACAAAG